GCGAUGACAUCAUCGCCCGACCAGAAGGAGGAGGAGGAGGCAGAGUCACAGUGACAACCACACCGAGCGGACUAACAUCGGGCUGCACGACGGGGCAAAGUCUUCAUCGUCAUGUCGCAGCGGCGGAGCCUCACCCGCCCACGCGGAGGACGCUGCACGCGGGACAGUCACCGGAGGAACGCCGGCCGGAGAUGCUGCUAGUAGAAGCCGCGAGCAUCCACCGUGGACCCGGACGCAUCAUCAUCAUCAUCAAAAUGGACGCCCAUGAUAACAUGAGGAGGACGCUCAGGCCUUCAGCAUGAGCACUUUGGAGGCUUUUAUUGCACUCGGUUUUGAGCUUUGAUGCCUUCCUGCCCUCGUGCGGUGACAUUCUGACUUUGCGUGCGCGUGGAUGCAGCGUGGCCCAGUGUGUGUGCGUGUGUGUGGAGGUGGUGGUGGAGGAGGGUGUGGGCGUGCUGCUGAGACCCACCACACGCACAGUUUGAAGCCAUGGCCAGUGAACCUGUCAUCCUCAACGUGUAUGAUAUGUACUGGAUAAAUGAGUACACUUCCACUUUGGGAAUUGGAGUCUUCCACUCAGGCAUCGAGAUUUAUGGUCGAGAAUUUGCAUACGGAGGCCACCCGUACCCUUUCAGCGGCAUCUUCGAAAUCAACCCGGGCAAUGCCGCCGAGCUGGGAGAGACGUUUAAAUUCAAGGAGGCCAUCGUGUUGGGCACCACCGACUUCGCGCAGGAGGACAUGGACAAGAUCAUGGAAGAGCUCGGCAAGGAGUUCAAAGGCAACGCCUACCACCUCAUGCACAAGAACUGCAACCACUUCUCCUCCUCGCUCUCCGAGCUGCUGUGUGGCCGCGAGAUCCCGCGCUGGGUCAAUCGUCUGGCCUACUUCAGCUCGUGCAUCCCCUUCCUGCAGAGCUGCCUGCCCAAAGAGUGGCUGACACCGGCCGCCUUGCAGACCCACAUCAGCCUGGGCCUUCACAAGGAUGAGUGCCGACGCCAGUCCAGCGACGACGACCGCGACCGCCCGUCGCCGGCCUCAUCGUCCGGGGCCGCCGGAUCCUCCUCUUCCUCCUCCUCGCACAGCUGCCGCCACACGAGGGUGUGAGGGAGCGCCGCCGACUAACCUGUAGACCAGGAAAUGCAGAGGGCCAAGCCUUGUUGGAGCCACUUUUUGUACAGCUUAAGACUGCUGAAUGUGUCUUUUUUCCGUCAUAUGCUACACUUUCUUUGUAUCGUGGUUUGGUUGUUGACAACUCCUAACACUCCUGACACUUUGCUGGGAAGCAUCCGCUCCCUGCCCAGAAUUCUUUGAAAAAGUCAGCUCCUAAAGCCUUAGCGGCAUUAAAUGUGUUCGGUGACACAAAGGCACAGGGAGACCAACAUUUUGGUUUGAAGCGGCCAUUUUGGGUCACAUGGGGCCUUUGGCGUUAUUGAGAAAAUUCUGCCCUCAAAGCCAGUUUCAACAUAACAACAAAAGAUGUGGUAGAUAUGUCCAUCAUAUAUAGACUCACAAAAAAAAAGUCUGAUGAAGCCAUAGCUGAAAAGACAUAGGAGGUCUGCCAUUUUGGCUCGACAGCAGCACCCAAAACCAGUUAAUCCCUUGCAGCAUGAAAUUUGGGCCACAUGUUGUCUAUCAUAACUACACCCACAAAAAUGUCUCCAAAAGCCAUACGCAAAAAGACAAGAGGUCUGCCAUUUUGGUUUGAUUCAGCUAUUUUGGAGUGAACUCUCUCUUUUUUAAAAUUAUUAUUUCAGCCCCCAAAGUCAGUUUCCAUUAACAGCAUGAAAUUUGAGGUAGACAUGUCUAUCAUGAGUAAACCCACAUAAAGGUUUCAAGAACCCAUGCACGAAAAGACCAGGCCGUCUGCCAUUUUGGUUCGAAAUGGUAAUUCUGGCUUUUCUGUCUCAAGAAUCCAAAACAAAAACACACAGAAAGCCUUUUGGUUUGAAAUGGCCAUUUUUGAGUCCUUUUUAUCAUAUCCAGAGACCCUCAAAAGAUUAACUUCUUGUUGAUAUUUUGUUAAAUUGUUACCAAAUUUGAACCAUGCACACAAGCCAGAUGGACGGCACUAAAUUGCAAAAAUGUCUAUGGGUGGUGGCAAAUUUUGAUGGCAUACAAAAUGAACCCAUAUUUUUAUUUCUAUUAACAUUCACAGUUGGCUUAGCUUCGAUUUACAUUUUGACUUCAAAAGUCCGUGCUUCUUUAUAGGUGAUGUUAUAGUCCAUCGUAUGACACCUGCGCUUGUUUUCAUUUGGAUCAACUUUCAUUAGCAGUUAGCUUGGCAUAUACUUAGCUAUACCAUUUGACUUUAAAAGUCAGAGCUACUUUAUAAUUGAUGGUAUACUCCUUGUAGUUAUUGUCAUCUGACGGCACACAUACAUUUAAUUUCAGUUUGAUCAAGUAGUUAGCUUAGCACACACUUAGCUGGGCCUUUUACCAUGUCUUUUUAUGGUAAGCUAACUAGUUAAAGCUUGUUACUCUGUUUGCCAACGCUGUAAGACAACAUUGUUGUGGUUGUAAACAUGUUUACAGGUUGCAAAGCAUUUAAAGGCAUAAAAAGGGAAUUUCUUUUUUCAUUUUGGGAUAACAAUACACUAUUUUAUUUUGUAUCCCUCCUGCUAUGGUUGUGACGCGUUCGAGGACAGCUACAGCUACUCUCUCUCAGGAAGGAACUCACUCGUCGUUGUGACUGGUUUGGACAUUUCACUGAGUGUAUUUAUUGUGUUGCAGCUAACAAACACACAUAGUAUACGCACUACACACACACACAGGUUGUACAGUGGUUCAUACAGUACAAUACAGUAUAUAACUUUCUUACAGAGUACACUAGACAGGUAUUUUUUUCUAGCGUCAUCCGAGACCUUGUAUUUCUCUUUUCUCAACCCAAGACUUGACUUAUUAGUACUAGAAUAAAGAGACGAGUACUAAGUGAGUGUUUGUCUUCUAUUAAAUUUUAAAAUACAGGUUAUGUUGUUAUUGUUUAAAAAAAAAAAAAAAAAAAAGAGGCUUCAGGCCUUUUAAUGACACUCCCAGUUGAAGUUCACUGUCAAACUAAACGUAAAAGAAAACCACGCGCUGUGUAUAUAAAACAACCACAUAACUUCAGCUUUGGCGAACAUGUCCGUUUAGCUUAAUGCUAACGAACAAUGUAAAACGCUAUAGAUGUGUUAUUGAGUGUUGCGAUGUUUUAACCCUUUAAAGCUAUUGUGGCUAUUUGAACACAAACAGUUCAGGAACAAGUAGGCAGAAAAUAUAGCAAUACUUACAGGCAUUAUUUAUCCUCCUAUCCAACCACCCUACUGUAUAUUUAUAUGACAAACAUAAGUGCAGCUUACAGAGGACCGUCUCCAUGUAGUGUAUAUCUGUUUGUCUGUAUUUAUUGCCCACAGGUGGCCAAGGCAUGCAGACCAGGAGGAGCAGCAAAAUGUCCAUCGAAUUGAAGCAAAAGGCGGCACGGUGGACGACUGGUUAGAGCUUCAGCCUCACAGUUCUGAGGACCCGGGUUCAAUCCCCGGCCCCGCCUGUGUGGAGUUUGCAUGUUCUCCCCGUGCCUGCGUGGGUUUUCUCCGGGCACUCCGGUUUCCUCCCAAAAAAACAUGCAUUAAUUGGAGACUCUAAAUUGCCCGUAGGCAUGACUGUGAGUGCGAAUGGUUGUUGG